GAAUUUUGCACCAAACUGUUGCAACAUUAGAGAAGAAGAAUGCGUCCCUCGAGAGAAAGCUUGAUGAAGCUCGCUCGCAGAUGCUAACACUGAGUGUAAUUGAAGCGUUACCAAAAGCAUGUAUGUAUUACACAGGCCUUCCCAGCUAUGAAGUUUUUCAGUCAUUGUUUGAAUACCUGGAGCCACGUGCAAGUAACAUGUCAUACUGGGGAUGGACAAAGAAGAAUUACUGCGAAGCACGUGGUCGACCUAAAGAAAGUGGCCUUGUGACUGAAUUCUUCAUGGUUCUAGUGCGCCUCAGGACUGGUAUGCCGGGAAAAGAAAUUGCGCGCAACUUCACGAUGUCGGAAAGCCAAGUGAGCCGGACAUUUGCUACUUGGAUUAACUACCUUGAGCGUGAGCUUGCAGCCAUCACCUCUAUUCCAUCACGAGAUGAAAUUGGGCCUUAUGUUCCGAGAUGCUUCCGCUUCUUUGAGAACACGAGGCUUAUUUUGGAUGCAACAGAAGUUAGAAUUCAGCGUCCUUCGUCAAUAGGUGCACAGCGCCAGACCUUUUCCUCAUAUAAGCACUUCAAUACAUACAUAGUGCUUGUUGGCUGUACCCCUGAUGGCUACAUAGCAUUUGUGUCUCGUCUGUGGGGCGGAUCUGUAUCGGACAAGACAAUCCUUGGAAGUUGUGGGCUUUUAGAUUGUUUGGAAGUAGGGGAUGCCAUUAUGGUCGAUAAAGGCUUUACUUUCCCCUACUUACCUGCCGGUGUGACAGUGUACCGUCCCCCAUUCCGAGAACGUCAUGAAACACAAAUGCCUGCGCAGGAUGUGGAGCAAACACGUCGUAUUGCCGCUGCAAGGGUGCAUGUUGAGAGAGCAAUAUCCCGCAUCAAAGCUUUUCACAUUUUGGAUAAGCCAUUUCCUAUCUGCAUGAUCGACAUAGCAGAGCAGGUAUUUAAAGUGUGCAGUUACCUAAGCAACUUCCGAAACCUGCUAAUUAAAGAUGAUGACGAAAUCAAUUGAGCAAUUUGUGUUGUGACAGAGUGACGUCAAGGCCACACCCCCUCUUCGUACCUAGAUAAACGGCGCACAUUUUGGGAAUAAAGCCGUUCCUAUUCCUGCUAUCUGAGUAGCGUCUCUAUGCAUGCUACAAGUGGCAACGAAGAUGGGAUCCGAAGCCUAGGCCGAGAUUGCGCAGUACAAGAAGAAUGGCGAAGUUUUUGGAUUUUUAGCCUUUCGUCAAUGAUGGCGAAAAAGAUUUCAUGUCUUAUGUUGAAAGAUUUGACCACUACUGGAAAGUGACCCAAAACAAAGAUGACAGCCUGAAGAAAUCUGCCUUUAUAACGGCCAUUGGUAAACGCCCCUACAAAACGCUGAAGGACGUGUUGUUACCAGCGAAGCCAGAAGACAAAUCAUUCGAUGAAAUCGUUGCUGUCCUGAAAGAACACUACUCUCCGGGAAGCAAAGUUAUCGCCGAAAGGUUAGUUUAAUCCCCGCUACCAGAUGGAACGCGAGACAAUAUGCACCUUUGCAGUGGAACUACGCCAUGUGGCAGCAAGAUGCGACUUUGGGCCGUUCCUGGACGAUGCUCUUCGAGACAGGUUCAUGGCUGGCCUCAGCGGCGCUUCAAUUCAAGCCAGCUUUCGGAAGAAAAAGGAGCUAAGCUUCAAAACUGCAUGACCUAGCUAGAAGCGCAGAACUGGCUGCGAAAGAAUCCAAAGGCUUCCGCCCAACCUCUGACAAGACUUUUCUCGAUGAAGGCGUCCACGUCAUUCAGAAGGGUCAGCAAAGACAAAAGGCAAGGACUUCGGUGGGUCUUGCAGGCGGUAAUUUGUUACCGAUGUGCGAAGCAACACGAUGCUGGAGACUCCAUAUUGAAAGGCAAGGUGUCAACACCAGUGGUCGUUGUCCCCAAGGCAGACAAGAAGGUGAGGCUGUGUGGAGACUUCAAAAUUACCUUAAAUCCUUGCAUAAUAACGGAGCAUUAUCCAUUACCCUUAGUAGAAGACAUCUUUGCAGUAAUUGCGGAGGGUAAGGUCUUCACGGUCUUAGACCUGACCACUGCGUAUCAACAAAUAGAAGUGCACCCCGACUCUCAAAAGCUGUUGA